CCCGCCAACUACCCAUCUCUCAUAUUUUCUCUAUAAUACUUUUCACAUUUUUUUCAUCUCUUUCUCUUUCUCCCUCUCUCUCUCUCUUCCCUCUGAAAUUUCGUUAUAAUUCAAUUCCCGCUAGCUCCCUCACGCGCCGUCACAACGAUGCCGUAUUGCGACGUCGGAACACUGAUUUCCUCCCCAACCACCUCCUCCUCCGCCGUCGCACCCGCCGAUGCUCAACUCAACAAUGACGUUAAAAUAUUUUAUAGAACUUACGGUCGCGGUCCCACCAAAGUGCUUCUCAUCAUAGGAUUGGCUUCUUCAUACGAAGGGUGGGGCCCACAAGUCAAGGGAUUAACUGGAACAGACGUACCUAACGACGAAGACGACGCCGUUUGGAGUGGAGGUGACAAUGAGGCCGGUGGUGGUAUCGAGGUUUGCGCUUUUGAUAAUCGGGGCGUGGGUCGGAGCUCCGUGCCUAUCAGAAAGUCCGAUUACUCAACAAAGAUCAUGGCAAAGGAUGCAAUUACUUUGUUGGAUCAUUUAGGUUGGAAAAAAGCACAUGUUUUUGGGCAUUCAAUGGGGUCUAUGAUAGCUUGUAAAUUAGCAGCAAUGGUUCCCGAUAGAGUUCUUUCAUUGGGGUUGCUCAAUGCAACCGGUGGGGGUUUUCAAUGUUUUCCAAAGCUUGACCGACGAACAUUCUCAGUUGCUUACCGUUUCUUGAAGGCAAAGAGUCCUGAGCAAAGGGCUGAAGUUGAUUUGGACACCCACUAUUCACAAGAAUUUCUUGAGGAAUAUGUUGGAACCGUGAAGAGGAGAACGAUAUUGUAUCAGCAAUAUGUUAAAGGAAUAUCAAGUAGUGGAAUGCAAUCUAACCACGGAUUUGAUGGUCAACUCAGUGCAUGUUGGAACCAUAAAAUGACACAAACGGAGAUUGAAGCAAUCAAAUCUGCAGGUUUUCUUGUUUCUGUCAUUCAUGGCAGGGAUGAUAUAAUUGCUCAGCUAUAUUAUGCAAGAAGACUUGCUGAGAGAUUUCAUCCAAUGGCUCGGAUGGUAGAUCUUCAUGGCGGUCAUUUAGUGAGCCAUGAGCGGCCUGAAGAGGUUAAUCAAGCACUUUUUGACUUGAUCAAGGCCUCAGAAGUGAAGAUGAUCCCACAUGAUUGGACUAACUUGCCAAAUGCAUUGUCUUGGUGGGAUGAAAAAAGGGUGUUAUUGGUCAAAAACAAUCAGAGUGGAAGCAACGUCACCUUUAAGUACUACUUAAUAGACAAACUGCAUCUCUGCCUACUAUACAUCCUUAGCCUCCUUAUUAUGUUACUUGAAUUUGGAAGAAAGCUUGUAAGGAGAAUAAAACCAGUUCGAGUUGGAAAUUCCGCGGCAUACAUUGGAAGUCAAUAAACCCCUUCUUUUUUAACAGGUGGGUAAUAUAUGAUUUGGUAAACCCUAAAAUGGAAGAUCACAGCUAGAUGAGGCUCAUAUAUAAGGCAAUUUUGACUCUGCUUUCUCAGGUGGAUAUGAAGAAUGACAUGAACUUACAUAACCCUUGUUGACAUGAUGAAUGUAUAUCUAAUAACACCAAAGGGAGAGAAAGAGAGAGAGAAGAGGAUGUAUAUCCAAUAUAAUGUUGUAUGUUUAUUCAGUCUAUUAAACUAUACAAAUUCUGCUCAAUACUACA